AUGAUCCCGGCCAUACACGGCUACACGCAAGAACCCUGCCUGUUCCUGUUCCCCUCCAUCACUGCGUGGACGCCCCUCGUCCUCGCCCUUCUUGCCCUGUGCCUGUGUGUCUUCCUGGCAAUCCAGCUCCUUAUCCGCUACUGCCAGCUCGCCCUCCCUACGAACCCCGACAAGAUCCAGCCCGCCUCCGACGCCUGGGCCCAGCUCUCCGCCAUGGAAAAGGGCAAAUCCUCCACCUCGCCGCCUCCGGCCUCCGCCUGCGAUGUGCUCAAGCCGCUCUCAGCCAACGGGACGUUCCCCAGCAGUGGGGCUGUCGCAGCCCGCGCGCGAGAGCAGAUGCAAGCAGCUGCGUCAUCACCUAGCUCGACGGGCUCACCGCGCUCCUCCGAUGCUGGGAGUGAGGCCACAGGUCCCGUACAGAAGCGCAGUCAAUCGGUCCAGCAGAUGCGUGAGGUGGAUGCGAACGGAGUGCGGACCUGGCGACGGCUGGUGGUCGAGUACAGGUAG